UCGAGCGCUUGCUUGGCCCAAUUUAAAGCGUUUCGUGAUAUUGAUUGUAACAAGUAUAAACAAAAAAAUAUAUUUGAGGGAAUACCUUUAUUGUACAUUUCUACCCUAGCCUUUGUAGCCUUAUGUACUACCAUUUAUAUUAUGACAUUUUACAGUCCCUCUAAAGUUUUUGCAAGCGUACAAACAAAAAGCAUUAGCCUGACAGGUGAACAAACUUCACAAAAUUCUAAAAUGAUUUCUGACAGGAUGUAUGCAAAUAAUCCUUACAGUCAGGGAUCAGAAAAAUCUGACAGAAUCAUAAAAGUGACAGCCGUUGGUGAAGUCUCAUUGCCACCAGAUAGAUGCAGAGUUACCGUGAAGAUUCACAGCCAGAAAGAUAAUGUCCAAGAUGUAAAAAACAGCGUGCAACGCCGAUUGGACUAUGUUGUACAAACAUUUCAAAACCAAAACAUAAAGGAGGCAGAUAUAAAGAUCCACAAACUUAUGAGAAGACUGGAGGGGAUGUAUGACAUGGUUACAGAGGUGAUAGUUGUAUUCCUUGAUUUCCACAAGUGUCAGUCAGCUUGUAAUCUACUGGUGGAGAAACUGGAUGAGGCAGUCACUGUGGGGACACCAGAGUUCUUCCAUGCUGGAACUACACUGGAAACAUUGAGACAACAGGCCAGUCUUCUUUCCAUCCAUAAUGCAAAACAGAAGGCACAGGAAAUGGCCAAAUUUGUACACCAAGCAGUAGGGAAACCGAUUUGUAUACAGGAGGAGGAAAAUCGUGAGUGGGAGGGGCAGAUUGAGGGCGUGUCAGAUAUAGAAAAUCGGCCAACACUCCAGCAGUCCAUCGCCAUGGCAACCGUCACUGUCUCUUGCAGGGUUGCUGUCACCUUUGAACUCAAACCCAAAGUGAAAACGAAGAACAACAAGGAUUAAAAAAUGUCUCAGCGCGUCUGUUUUUUUCCGAAAAAAGAAAAUAACGUCAUUGGCCAAACCACCAUACUAUCAUACAUAUCAACUUUUUUGAUUACUGUUAGUAAAAACAACCAUUCCAGAUCUUAAAUCUAAUGAAACUUGGUAUACAUGUUAACAAUGACAAUGCACUUAGUUGUAGCAAGUUCCAGCACUCUGGCUUAAAAUACCAACUGAGUUUUGUCCCUUGAUUUGCUGAGACAAUUGUGAAGAGUUGGCACUCCGGUUUGGUGCUGAUUUUAUGGUUGUGUAAUUUAUUUUAGUAUAAUUGAUGUACGAAGUGGUAUUUUUAUACUUGCAAAAAUAGUAUAUAUAUAGCUUGUGAAAGCAAGACAGUUUAGCAUUUCUGUGAUAUGCAUAACUAUGUAUCUUGUAUGUUGUUAAAUUAAACAUAGUUUUAAUUAAUG